CUCAUAUCGGUAGAUCACCUGCAACUUCACCAAAUAACAUCUACAUUCAAUAGCUUCCGCCAGUCAGACCUUAACCUAUCUGGCUCUGCAACUAUUACCAGGACUAGGGCUCUUCAAGUGACUAACAGUCAACAUUCCAUGGAACCAGGCAUCAAAGGCAAUGCAUUCUUCACUGCCAGUCUACAGUUUAAGAAGCCUACCGCUUCCAAGAGAACCAAAUCAUUCAGUAUUCAUUUUGUGUUCGCAAUCGUCUCCAAAGCCCAUCAAUCAGGUGGCCAUGGCUUUGUGUUCAUCGUUGCACUGUCCCCCAACUUCUCCAAUGCCAUGGGAGGUCGCUUAUUUGGUCUCUUCAGCAUCAGGAACAAUGAAAACACAACGAAUCAAAUAUUUGUAGUUGAAUUCAACAUAGUUCAACACACAAAUUUGCAUGAUAUAGAUGAAAGCCAUGUGGGUGUCGACAUCAACGGUGUGAACUCCAGUGUCUCCGAACCGGCUGCUUACUAUACAGGGAAUCACAAAAAAGAACAGGGGGUCCUAGACGGCCAGACACCCAUUCAAGCAUGGAUAGAAUAUGAUGGGCCGAUGAAGCAGCUGAAUGUCACCAUAGCUCCAUUGUCACACCAACUCAAGCCUAAUUGCAUACUCAAUUCACGUUCCAUUGAUUUGUCCCCUGUUCUGCUUGAACACAUGUAUGUUGGAUUCUCUUUUGGUACACAUAAGCUGGUAAGCAAGUGCUAUAUUUUGGCAUGGAGCUUUGCAAUGGAUGGAAAAGUUCUAGAGUUGGACCUUUCACACCUUCCCUCUAUUCCUCAGGAUUGUACUCCUCUGUGGAAGUCUUUUAAGCUGUACCUAUACAUUUCUGUAGCUUUAGUGGCUCUAUUGUUUAUCAUCGUCACAUUUAGCAUUUCUUAUUUGACCAAAAGGAAGAGGAAGCUGACAUCUGAGAAGAUAGAAGGCUGGGAGAUGGACUACCCACAUAAACUUCCCUAUAGAGUGUUAACAAAAAUACCAAGAAGGCUCUCAAGGUGA